AUGGUAUCCAAAAGGAAGAGAGAUUCUCCUCCAGCAAAACUUAAAUCUAAGAAGCAAAGGAAAAAAAUAAGCAAAUCUGGUGGAAUAAUACCGAUUGAAAAUAAAUAUGAAGCAUUACCAUCGAGUGAGAAUGAAUCAGACUCGAGUUUGAAAUUUGACUUUAAACCGAAUUCUAGAGAACCAGAAAUGGUAUUUGUUGAGUCGGAUGAUGAUGGAGAUGAUAUUGUGAUAGAAUCCGAUAGUGAUAGAUCAGAAGAUCCAGAAGAGCCACCAUCAAAGAAACAAAAGUUUGUGAGUAACGAAUUAGCCAAAAACCAAGAUUUUAUAGAAUUCGGCUUCAGUUCAUCAGAAGAAGAAGCUCGUGAACAUGAUGAUUAUGACGAUUAUUCUGAUGAUGGAGUACUAAGUGAUGAUGAGUCUGGUACAGUUCAUAUGCAAACCACAGCCAAAUCAUUGUACCCGUGGAUUAAAGACCACGACCAUUCGAAACAAAAGGAAAUCGCUGACUGGUUCACUAUGGAAAUCAAAGAUUUUGUGAAUUAUAUAUCUCCAUCUGAGGCAGAAAUUAUGACCAGAAAUAAAGUUGUCAAUCAGUUAAAACAACAAAUUAGUAAGUUUUGGCCUGGUACUGAGGUUCAUGUUUUUGGAUCUUGUGCUACCGAUUUAUAUUUACCCGGUUCUGAUAUAGAUAUGGUCGUUAUAUCAGAGACUGGGGACUAUGAACAUAGAUCAAGAUUGUACCAGUUGUCAUCAUUUUUAAGAAAUAAAAAGUUAGCAAAAAAUAUUGAGGUCAUAGCCAAAGCCAAGGUUCCCAUUAUUAAAUUUGUGGAUCCAACUUCUAAUAUCCAUAUAGAUAUAUCCUUUGAAAGAACUAAUGGUAUUGAUGCUGCGAAGAAGAUCAGAAGAUGGUUAUCGACAACUCCGGGUUUGCGAGAACUAGUCCUCAUUGUGAAACAGUUUUUGAGGUCGCGUAAGUUAAACAACGUUCAUGUAGGAGGAUUGGGUGGAUAUUCUACUAUCAUACUAUGCUAUCACUUCUUAAAGCUUCAUCCAAGACUAUCUACUAAGAAUAUGGCGGUGUUAGACAAUUUGGGUUCAUUGUUAAUCGAAUUCUUUGAACUAUACGGCCGUAAUUUUUCCUACGACAAUUUAAUCAUUGCAAUUGAUACUGAAACUGAUCUUCCAAAAUACUUAUUAAAAAGAAAGCAUCCAGUGUUGAAUACUUCAAGAAAUCCAUUUUCCAUAAUAAUACAAGACCCUUCUGACCCAGCAAAUAAUAUUACAAGGUCGUCGUAUAACUUAAGAGACUUAAAGAAAGCAUUUGGAGGUGCGUAUCAAUUAUUGGUUGAUAAAUGUUACGAAUUAAAUGGUGCAUCUUAUAAAGCCAGAAUUGGGCAACUGAUCUUAGGUGAUAUUAUUAAAUAUAGAGGUAAAGAAAGAGAUUUUAAUGAUGAUAGACACAAAGUUACUAAUGAUGCAUUGAUUAACCAUGAAAACGAGGAUGAAAAUGAUGGUGAAAGUGACGGUGCAGAUGGUAAUAACAAAUACUAUUUUUCUGACAUGACGGUCGAAAGUGAAGAAGACACCACAUUUGCGCAAGAUGCAAAACCUGAGGACCCAAAUAAGAAGAAAGUGGCCGAUUUUAUGAGUAUCAAUCCGCCAUCUGACGAUGAAGAACCUGAUACCAAGGAAAAAGAAGAGGAAGAUACCGAAACUCAAGAGUCUGAUAAACAAAAGAUUAACUUAGAUAAAGAUACUAAACGAGACUACUGGAGACAAAAAGGAUUAGGAUUAUGA